UUUUGUUUGCAUCCUUAAUUCAUGAGGGUAUUACAUCUCGGGUGAAUUCCAUGUCGCGAUUCGCAUCCACGUCCCUUCACCAGUGGUUUUCCAAGUUUUCGAGUUUCGCGCAAAAGAGAAUUCAGUGUCAAAAUCGGACACUGAGAAAAAUCAAAACGGAGGUCAAAAUUUUGGUCUUUAAAAUCGGUCAAAUCUGUCCGAAAUUAAGGGGAGAUCAGAGCAAAUGAGGAGUGACAUUCGCAGCUUUGAAUUUCUCAGAAAGAAGAGACAAUUUCCAUCAAAAUGCCACCAUCUCGAUCAGGAUUCCAACAUAUCCCAGAACCUAAAAAAUCAGGAAUCAUUACCAUCAAAGAACGAAGUGAAUCAGUGGCCGAAAUGGAUAUACCAACUGGUCAAAGUUUUUCCUCCUGCUAUACGGAGCUUUGUAAAAGACAAAAAUUGCGUCCUCUUCCUGUAAUUUGUGUUACACUACCACAUUACUUGGAAUUCACAACUGAUCGAGUAAAGAUGGAUGAUUGGGGUCCAAUUUUAAAUUCUUUAUCUUUAGAUCGUACGUUAAAAUCGAUUGGGAUUCGGAGUCGAUACCAACACAGAAAGCCAUUGGAAGAAGUUAAUUCAGAGGUAAAAGCAAGAGCAAUUGGAAAAGCUCCAGUAGUUUUUACGAGAUUUCUUCUUGAGUGGUUGUCACAGAGUGUGGCUCAGUGUGUCAGGAAUUCUCCAGUUUUGACUUCACUGGAGUUGGAAGGAAUUCCUCUGCCUCCAGAUUGUUUGGCGGUUUUGUGUGUGGGAUUGUCUAGCACUCAAACUUUGAUGCACUUGUCCCUUGCUAAAUGCUAUAUAGGAGAUUCCAGUUGUGAUUUGGUUUGUAGAACUAUUGCUGAUGUCCCAAGCAUCAGAUCUGUGAAUUUGGGUCAGUGUGACCUGACCCCUCAAUGUGGUCCUGCUUUGGCAGCUGCACUUUCCAGGCAAAAGUUACUCCUUUUUCAUGAAACUUGGCAACAAUCCUUAAGGUACCGGGAACCAAAUUUGGAAGCAAUGCCUGGAUUGAGGAGACUGACUUUGAACGGAAAUCCUCGGCUAGGAGAUUCAGCACUAAGUGACAUUAUUGAAGCAAUUGGAGAUAGCCUUUGGUUAAAAGCUCUGGAUCUCCAGCAUUGUGGUCUCACAGAUGUGAUAGCAACUGAAAUUCUGGAGCUCUUGGACCAUAACAAAACUUUAGUAGUUGUGGAUGUGAGACUGAAUCCUAAUCUACGGGAUGAAGUAGCUCAAGAAGUUGCAAGAAAAUUGGAAGCGAACAACGCCAGUUGCAGAUCAGAAUAUAGAUGGCUCAGUUUACCCAAAAAGGAUGUAAAUAAGGCAACAAAAAGAAAUGACCGACAAGAUGAUCCACUGAUGAUCAAGGCAAAAAAUAAGAGAAGCAAAGAUCAACGUCCACCUGGGUUUCCAAGAACUGCACCAUGUAGACCGACUCCUAUUGAAAGAGGAAAGACGAAACAACCUUCUUCUAGGUCUUUGGAGCUUCCAAAGCCUAAAACUAGUUCUAGAGUUGCCAAAAAACCUUUACAUUUGGACCUUAGAUCUGAGAUGGAACCUUGUGAUAGUUUGUUCAAUAGUUUUGAGUCUGCGGAAAGUAGGAAGGUGGAAAAACCUCUUGCGAAAAAAGAAGAUAAUAAUGAAGAUACUGAAAUGAAGAUCCUCGAAUUUGGGGAUCAAGUCUCUAUCCAUCAGGGCAAAAACAGCCCCACAGAUAAGGAUAUCGAAGACCUUCUUCGACAAUUAGCAGAAGCACGAGCAGAGCACGAACGCCUAUUAGAAGAAACUAAACGGAACCACCUUUUGUUAUCAGAAGAAAAAGUCAGAAGAGAAAUAGCGGAAACGAAAUUGCGAUCCUUGAAGAACAAUUUAUCGGAAUUAGAAAACGCCUUGAAAGAAAAGGAACACGAAUCGCGCGGAUUUUUGUUAGUUAGUCAGAACUCCCUCGACGAAAUUUGCAGUUCUUUCAACAAUCUUCUUGAGAUGUUGGAUAGUGUAACAAGAAAUCCAAGCAUCAGGACUGGAUCUGAAGAAGAAUCAAUAAUUAAAUCUGAUAUCAGGGCAAGAAUGGCUUUAUUGAUCCGAAAAACAAAGUCCGAAAGCUUCCGAAGAGGAUAUGUCACUGAGGAAGUUUCAAAAGGUAUAAAGAAAUUCGCUAGAUCUGAGGCUGACAUGAGAAAUAAUCUGCCACCUAUGAAUUUGAUUCAUCUCGAAAGGCAUAUUGGAGAUAGUCCAGAUAUAAUUUCUCCUUCUUUACUGGAGAGUUUCAGAAAAAUGGAGGACAGUUUCUGCAAUUCGGAAGAUAGUUUUCGAAAAAUGGGUGACACUAACAGGGGUAGAAUUCCUUCUUCAGCGACUGAAAGAGCCAGAGCAAUUUUUUCACAAAUUCUUAGCGGGAAUAUGCUACUGAAUCUUAGCGCUCAGUAGUAUUGAAAAUGUCGAAUAUUAAUAUUUUAGAAUUCACAAAUAGUAAUAUGGGUGGAAACAAGAAAUGUUUAUUGUAAGGUUACUAUGGCUUUACAAGAAUUUGUGUAAUUUUAAACUGGAGAACGAGAUUUGUGUCAAUAUAUUAUUCAGAGUCUUGAAAUAUAGAAGUUUACCAUUUUUA